UUGGAUUAGCUGGGGUCUGCCGGAGCUCCCAGCACUCGCUGCCAGAGGUGCGUCGGACGAGCGGACUCCCCUGUCCCACGCCUCGCGGCACCAGCGUACCAUGGCAUGGGCGCGCGGGCGUCUUACUGCCUUGCUCUCCGUUAUCGUUGCAAUAGCAGCCUGCAUCUCCUCCACCACCAGCGAAGUGAACUUGUUAGAUACAUCGACGAUCCCUGGAGACUGGGGCUGGCUCACAUAUCCUGCGCACGGGUGGGAUUCUAUCAAUGAAAUGGAUGAAUUUUUCAGCCCCAUCCACACCUAUCAGGUCUGUAAUGUCAUGACCCCGAACCAGAACAACUGGCUGCGGACCAGUUGGGUCCAACGGGACGGUGCCCGACGGGUUUAUGCUGAAAUUAAGUUUACCCUGCGGGACUGUAACAGUAUGCCAGGGGUGCUGGGCACCUGUAAAGAGACCUUCAACCUCUAUUACCUGGAGUCUGACCGGGACCUGGGCAGUAGCACCCGCGAGAGCCAGUUUGUGAAGAUCGAUACCAUCGCAGCCGAUGAGAGCUUCACCAAUGUGGACCUGGGGGUCAGGAAGCUCAAGCUAAACACUGAGGUGCGGGGUGUGGGGCCCCUGAGCAAGCGGGGCUUUUACUUGGCUUUCCAGGAUAUAGGCGCCUGCAUCGCCAUCGUGUCCGUCAGGGUGUACUACAAGAAGUGCCCGGCCAUGGUGAGGAACCUGGCAUCCUUUUCCGAGGCGGUGACUGGAGCGGACUCCUCCUCCCUGGUGGAGGUGCGGGGCGAGUGCGUGGGGCACUCGGAGGAGAGAGACACCCCCAAGAUGUACUGCAGUGCAGAGGGGGAAUGGCUGGUGCCUAUUGGGAAGUGUGUGUGCAGUGCUGGCUUCGAAGAGCAGAGGGAUUCCUGCAAGGAAAGCAGGCUAGUGGCGUAA